GGGUGAAGCAGUGAAGCCCUCCCUGCCCUGCACCUCCCAGCAGGGCUCCGGCUGCACGGAGCUGGGUGAAAACGGAGUCAAUCCGAAUCAAGAGAUGGCUUCACUGUCCCUGGAGCAGCAGGUGUGGUGAGGAGGCCUCUCCGGAGCAGCAGGGACACCUAAUGCCCACCUCCUCUUCUGCCAUCCCUCUGCAGUCCCAUGGAUUUCUCCAUGUUCUGCUGCUCCUUUCCUGCCAGAGGGAACAGUAUUGAAAAAUGGCACGGAGACCUUUGAAGCCUGGGAGGAUCCUCCUCCACCAGUCUACAUGCAGUUCUACUUCUUUAAUGUGACAAAUCCUUUGGAAGUUCUGCAAGGUGACACUCCUCUUGUGGAGGAAAUAGGGCCCUACACCUACCGGGAAUACAGGCCAAGAGUGCAUGUUCAGUUUUUGGACAAUGGUACCAGGGUUUCUGCUUUGAAUCCAAAGACAUAUGUGUUUGAACCUCAGAUGUCAGUGGGAGACCCUAAAGUGGACCUGAUCAGAACAGUUAAUAUUCCUGCAGUGGCUGCCAUGGAGUGGAGCAGGUUAACCUCUCUGCAGCUUGCCACUGAGGUGCUGCUGGUUCUGUACCAGGAGUCCCUCUUCACAGUUCACACUGUUCAUGAGCUGCUGUGGGGCUACAAGGACAAACUCCUGUCCACCAUCCACCUCCUGCGUCCUGAGGUUGACCCAGUGUUUGGGUUCUUCAGUAAGAUGAAUGGAACUGAUGAUGGAGAAUAUGUUUUCCUAAGUGGGGAAACAGACUACCUCAACUUUUCAAGGAUUGUGGAAUGGAAAGGAAAAGAAUCAUUGAGCUGGUGGACAACAGAGGCAUGUAACAUGAUCAAUGGCACAGAUGGGACAGCCUUUCACCCACUGAUCAGCAAAGAUGAGAACAUUUACAUCUUUUCUUCAGAUUUCUGCAGAUCUCUGUACCUGGUGUAUGACAGCUCAGGAGCUGUGGCAGACAUCCCAACCUACCGCUUUGUGCCCUCUGCCAUGGUGUUUGCCAACACCACAGUGAACCCAGACAAUGCUGGCUUCUGUGUGCCACCAGGAAACUGCCCUGGCACUGGUGUCCUCAACGUCAGCAUCUGCAAGCAAGGUGCUCCAAUCUUUAUAUCAGCUCCACAUUUUUACCAAGCAGAUCCAAAGUUUAUAAAGGACAUAGAGGGCAUGAAUCCAAAAAAGGAAUAUCACGAGACAUUUCUGGACAUCAAUCCUCUGACAGGGCUUGUCCUGCGAGCAGCCAAGAGGAUGCAAAUCAACGUUCAUGUCAGGAAGUUACCAGAGUUUUUUGAAACAGGCAACAUCCGAACACUGAUUUUCCCUGUGAUGUAUAUAAAUGAGAGUGUUCUGAUUGAUGAAGUGUCUGCCAACAAACUCAAGCAUGUCCUGCUGGAAGCCAAUGUAGUGACUGGAAUCCCCUUUGUAAUCAUGGCUCUAGGAAUUGUUUUUGGGAUUGUUUUUGUUGUGCUUGUGUGCAGGUCCCGGGGAGUCAGUGAAGAGGGUACUGCAGAUGAAAGGUCCCCACUCAUAAGGACAUCUUAGUAGAUUUUCUUUUAACCUGUGAGCUUGGAGAAUAAACUGUUAGAGCUGACCUAAUGCCAACCACCACUCCCCAGCAUUGCCCACUGUGGAGAAACCAUCGUGUCAAGUGUAACUUUUUGUGGGAUAGAGAUGGAAGAGAAACCUGCACUGUCAUCAGGGGAGGAGACUUUCCUUCCCAGCUGAGUUACAGCUUUGAGGCUUCAUUUGAAAGCUGCUUGAGAUCCUGCUUUUUUCAGCCCCACACUCUCUGUACCUGCACUGACAGCCCUAGAGGAGUGUAACCACUUGAUCAGUGACAAACAGCCUGGCUCACCACAGGAAUGACACGGGUAAAAUUUGGAAAUGGCCUUAGGAGUGUGGGCUGCAAAGUACAUUCUAGAAACAGGAGGAGGCUGCUGCAUCACCCAGCAGCAGCAGAGACUUCUGCAGGCCUGGCCUUGGCUUUUCUGUAAAGUGUUGCCUGCUGCUUACUCCCAGUAUGCACUGACUGGUGAUGAUCAAUGCCACUGGUCCUGUCACAAAACUGAUCUCUGCAACUAACCCAAAACACUCGAGUGAAACUUGGUGAAGCAUCUGUAGUAACCAGAUAAAAAGAAGCCAAUGAAUUUUCCUCACAGACACCUUAACUGUCCUAAUUCUGCACAGCAUCCCGUUGCAUGUUAGCCGUGCGUUUAUCCUUCAGGUUUUGGGGUGGGUUUUUUUUCCUUCAACUUAAAAAACAAAACACAAUGUUGUUCUUGAUGGUGGAGGGUACAAAACUGGUGAUCUUUUUUUCCUGGUGUGUGUGUAUCAGAGUUACCAGCUGUGUGGUUUAAUGGGAAUGCACACUUGGCAGUCACUGUUCAGGAUCAAAGCACACCUCUGUGUUACAGUAUGUGUGGGGCCUUCAGAAGCCCUAACACUUUUUUAACUUGUCAAGUGAAACUUGUUUUAAAAAUCACAAAAGUAUUUUCUUUUCCCCCAGUGAAAAGAAUAUUCUGCUUGGGAACUAUUUCCAUUGGAUCUGGAUAGUAAAACGUAUUUUUAAAAUGUAUUAUUGUCUUCUAAAUAGAGACAUUGGUUUUUGUAUUGUU